AUGUCCCCCCCUGCUGAUGGCAAGCUUGGCAAGCGAGAGUCCGGUACCGCUCGUAUCCUCGGUUCAGGUGCUUCUGGUAUCGCCGAGUUGAUGGUCUUCCACCCUGUUGACACUGUCGCCAAACGUCUCAUGUCCAACAAGACCGCCCUCUCCGGCCAAUCCCUCAACACCAUCAUCUUCCGCUCCGCCGCCCAAGCCCCCAUCGGCACCAAGUUCCUCUCCCUCUUCCCCGGUCUCGGCUAUGCUGCAGGCUACAAGAUUGCCCAGCGGGUGUACAAGUUUGGCGGGCAGCCGUGGUUUAGGGAUGUGAUUGACAAGAACAGUGGAGGGUGGUUCAAAAGCACUUUUGGGAACAAGUGGGGUGGGAUGUUGAUGCAUGCUACUGCUGGAUCUUUCACUGGUAUUGGUGAAGUUGUCCUCCUCCCCCUGGACGUCCUCAAGAUCAAGAUGCAAACCAACCCCGACGCCAUCCGAGGCCGAGGUCUCGUCAAGCUCGUCACUGAAGAAGGUAUUGCUUCGCUCUACCGAGGAUGGGGAUGGACCAUGGCAAGGAACGCCCCUGGGUCUUUCGCUCUGUUUGGUGGUUCUGCCGUCACUAAAGAGUUCCUCUUCAACCUCUCCGACUACUCUUCUGCCACCUGGUCUCAAAACUUUGUCGCCUCCAUCGCCGGCGCCGUCGCUUCCAUCACCGUCGCCGCCCCCCUGGACGUUGUCAAGACCCGUAUCCAGAACGCCAACUUUGGCUCCCAAGUCGGCGGUGCGACUAUUAUCAAAGAGAUGAUCAAGACGGAGGGUAUGGGAGCGUUCUUCAAGGGUCUUACUCCCAAGAUCCUCGUGGUCGGCCCCAAGCUCGUCUUUUCCUACACCCUCGCCCAAAGUCUGAUCCCCUUCUUUGGCAAAUACGGUACGUCGCUCUCUCCCCACCUUGGCAAGAGCUGA